AUGUCUCUCUCAUCCAAACUUAGCAUUACCGACGUCAACCUCAAAGGCGAACGAGUCCUCAUUAGAGUUGACUUCAAUGUCCCUCAAGACAAGGAGUUGAACAUCACUAACCCUGCUCGUAUCGUAGCCGCUCUCCCUACCAUCAAAUAUGCCAUUGAACAAGGCGCCAAAUCCGUCAUCUUGAUGUCCCAUCUUGGGCGACCUGACGGUUCCCCUAACCCCAAAUUCUCCCUCAAGCCAGUAGCCACUAAACUAUCCGAACUUCUGUCCAAAGACGUCAAAUUCCUCGAUAACUGCGUGGGCGAAGAUGUGAAGAAAGCUGUUUUAGCAGGUGACAAUGGUCAAGUCUUCUUAUUGGAGAACUUGAGAUUCCACGUUGAGGAAGAAGGUAAAGGUAAAAAGGAUGGUGAGAAGAUCAAGGCCGAUCCUGAGAACGUCAAGAAAUUCAGAGAGGAUUUGACUGCUCUUGGUACAGUCUACAUCAAUGAUGCCUUCGGUACCGCCCACCGAGCUCAUUCUUCCAUGGUUGGUGUCCAACUCCCUCAACGAGCAGCCGGUUUCCUUAUGAAGAAGGAACUCGAAUACUUUGCUAAAGUUUUAGAGCACCCUGAACGACCUUUCUUGGCUAUUCUCGGUGGUGCCAAAGUCGCCGACAAGAUUCAAUUGAUUGAGAACAUGCUUGACCAAGUCAACACCCUUAUCAUUUGUGGUGGUAUGUCAUUCACCUUCAAGAAGACUCUUGAGAAUGUCGAGAUUGGUAAAUCCCUUUUCGAUGAGGAGGGUUCCAAGAAGGUUCAAUCACUUGUCGAGAAAGCCAAGAAGAACAACGUCAAGCUUGUCUUCCCCGUCGAUUACGUCACUGCUGACAAAUUCGACAAGGAUGCUCAAGUUGGAGAAGCUACCGAUGAAUCUGGUAUCCCCUCUGACUGGCAAGGAUUAGACGCUGGACCCAAAUCUCAAAAACUCUUUGCUGAAACUGUCGCUGAAGCCAAGACUAUCCUCUGGAACGGUCCCGCCGGUGUUUUCGAAUUCCCCAAUUUCGCCAAGGGAUCAGAUGCUUUACUCGAUGCCACCAUCAAAGCAGCCAAGAACGGUGCUACAGUCAUUGUUGGCGGUGGUGAUACCGCUACUCUUGUUGCUAAUGCUGGUAAGGAGAGUGAAUUGAGCCACGUCUCCACCGGUGGCGGUGCUUCUCUCGAGUUACUCGAGGGUAAGACCCUCCCUGGUGUUGCAGAGCUCUCCGAGAAGAAAUAA